AUUUCGUUGCGCGUUUGCCGAUAGACUUCGGGGCGAGUCCACUUCUACGCACUCCCUAAAGGACUUGAAAAGCCCCUCUUCACUCUUUCGGCGCAGCUCAAAAGACCUCGCCGCAAGAGGCCAACACAGAGUCCUCUCCUUCUCCCUCUCCUCGAUAAGCCAAGAAACAAACCCUAGCCCUUCUCUCUUUCAUCUCAUCCUCCCUCGACCCCCCGAACCCUAGUCGAUGUUCCCCUCUCCAAUGGAGCUCCUCCGCUCCCACCUCUCCAGGGUUCGCAUCCCCGAGCCCACCAACCGAAUCUACAAGAGCGAGUGCUGCAUCUCCUUCGACACCCCGAGGUCUGAGGGCGGCCUGUACGUGGAUCUAAGCUCGUUUCUUGCGUUCGGGAAGGAGUAUGUGGGAUGGAACUAUGAGAAGACUGGGAAUCCCGUCUACCUUCGCAUACAGCAGAGGCCGAAGCCUGUACCGGAGGACCGACCUCUCAAGAAGCCCACCCUUCUCGCCAUUGGAGUGGAUGGAGGAUUUGAUUAUCAAGAAACCGACUACGAAGAAACUCACAACAUUGUUAUAUUACCUGAUUAUGUGUCUCUUCCAUUUCCAUCUGUUGAAUUGCCAGAAAAGGUUAGGUUGGCUGUUGAUGCCAUUUUGAUAGCUGAAGGUGCCGAACGCAAAGAGCAAUUAGCAGCUUGGACUGCAGAGAAGAAGAAAGUGAGUGCCUAUGUGAUGAAUUUGCAACAGAUUAACAGUGGUGUUGUUGUGCCCCCAUCUGGUUGGAAAUGCUGCAAAUGUGACAAGACUGAUAAUCUUUGGCUGAACCUAACUGAUGGAAUGAUAUUUUGUGGUCGGAGAAAUUGGGAUGGAAGUGGUGGCAAUAAUCAUGCUAUUGAACAUUACAAUGAGACAAAGUAUCCUCUAGCCGUGAAACUUGGUACCAUAACUGCUGAUUUGGUAGGUGCAGAUGUUUUUUCUUACCCCGAGGAUGAUACUGUUGAGGAUCCCUUGUUAGCUCAACACUUGGCCUUUUUUGGUAUCGAUUUCUCAUCAUUGCAAAAGACUGAAAUGACUACAGCUGAGAGGGAACUUGACCAAAACACAAAUUUUGACUGGAACCGUAUUCAGGAAAGUGGGCAGGAAGUGGAACCCUUAUUUGGACCAGGCUAUACUGGUCUUGUAAAUCUUGGAAAUAGCUGCUAUAUGGCAUCGACAAUACAAGUAGUUUUCACAACUCGUGCUUUUAUCUCUAGAUAUUAUGAACAUCAAAGUUUGAAGAUGGCAUUUGCAAUGGCUACUUCUGAUCCAACAUUGGACUUGAAUAUGCAGUUGACGAAACUGGCGCAUGGUUUGCUGUCUGGUAAAUAUUCUGUGCCGAUCCAAGAGAAGCAAGAAGGUGUUCCCCCUCGCAUGUUUAAAACAGUUAUUGCUGCCAACCAUCCUGAGUUUUCAAGUAUGAGGCAACAGGAUGCUUUGGAGUUUUUUCUGCAUUUUCUUGACCAAGUUGAACGGGUCAAUUCUGGUAAACCUGAAUUGGAUCCUUCAAGGAGUUUUAAGUUUAUAAUUGAAGAACGUCUUCAGUGUCCCUCUGGGAAAGUUGCUUAUAAUAAAAGAUCAGAUUACAUUCUCUCUUUGAGUAUACCACUUCAUGAAGCUACUAACAAAGAACAGCUUGAAGCCUUUCACAAGAUGAAAGCCGAAAGAAAAUUAGAAGCGAAGGACAUAGAUAGGGAUGAAAUUGUACGACCAAGAGUUCCGUUGGAAGCAUGCCUAGCUAGUUUUUCAGCUCCUGAGGAGGUCCAUGACUUCUAUAGCACUUCACUAAAUGCAAAGACAACAGCAAUCAAGACUGCCAAUUUUGCUACUUUCCCUGACUACCUUGUAUUGCACAUGAGGAAGUUUGUGAUGGAAGAAGGAUGGGUGCCAAAGAAACUAGAUGUUUAUAUUGAUGUUCCUGAUGUAAUUGACAUCACACACAUGCGUGGCAAGGGUUUGCAGCCAGGAGAAGAACUACUACCAGAAACAGGUCCUGAUGGUGAUGUUGAACACACCCAUUUAGUUGCCAGUGAGGACAUUGUUUCUAAGCUCGCAGCCAUGGGUUUUAAUUAUCUGCAUUGUCAGAAGGCUGCUAUAAACACUGCAAAUGCUGGAGUUGAGGAAGCAAUGACUUGGUUGCUAUCUCACAUGAAUGAUCCAGAUAUAGAUGAUCCUAUUUCCCAUAGAUCAGAUGCUAUGGAACUUCAAUUUGUUGAUGAAACAAGUGUUGAAACUUUGAUUUCAUUUGGGUUUCAAGAAGAUGUUGCUAGAAAAGCACUGAAAGCUUCAGGUGGGGACAUAGAGAAGGCUACAGAUUGGAUAUUUAGCCACCCCGAGGCAUCUGCCUCAGCAGAUACAGAUGCAACCUCAAGUGGCAUGCAGGCUGGAGAUCCUGGAGUACCAGAUGGAAUUGGCAGAUACAAGCUUAUGGCAUUAGUUAGCCACAUUGGGACCUCUACCCACUGUGGGCAUUAUGUGGCCCAUGUGCAUAAAGAUGGAAGAUGGGUGAUAUUUAAUGACAGCAAAGUCGGGGCUUCAGUUGAUCCACCAAAAGACAUGGGAUACUUGUACUUCUACGAGAGAAUAGAUGGCUAAAGUCGCACUUGGUCAACCCUCUAUUGAAAUCAGCAAAUCAAUGGUGAGAGGGGAAAUGACUAGCAUUUGACAGGUCAUAAAAUUAACAUCCCCCUGCUUAUGCUUCAGUUCGACAUCAAGCAACUUUUGUUUAGGCAUUGUUUUCUAUGGUUUGUUUUAUUGGUGAUUUUCUGUUAAAUUAUUCCUGAUGUGAGGUCGAUUGUCAUGAAUGGUUAAACAAAAAUGCAUUUGUUGCCUUUGCUCACAGACAAGAUGAUAUUUAGUGUCGGUCCAAA